GCGACAACGUAACCAAAAGUAGCGAUCAAUACGUGAAGAUUCAAACGGUCGAACCAGUACCAUUCGCAGACUCAACGUUGAUAAAUUUGAAUAAUCAUAAUCAUCGAAAGUGAAAGAACAUGACGAUCAGCGCGCCCGCCCGCAGACUGCUCAUUCGUGCAUUUGUGCUUUUGCCCGUUCUUAUCGGGUACCUGAUCCACAAGAUUCCGCAAGACAAACAAGACGAAUUCGUGCAUUACGUCAUGUCACUUCUUGGGCACAGAGCUGCAACUAGUAGGAAAAUGAUGUCAACGUCCGUUCCUGGAUCUGGAGACCACGCGCUAUCAGUCUUGACGUGGAACGUGCUGUCUAUAGGAUUGAGAAGCAGUUUCUUCGACGUCGACCCGCCUGUCUAUGCGUUGAACGAGAAGAAGGUCAAGCUGGGUGAGCUCUAUUCGUAUUUGCAAGAAGAGAAGAAACUGAACAAGAAUGAAAAGGGAACAGGAAGAGCUAGAACAGCAACAGGAACAGCGCCAUCGCCAUCGUCUGCUAUCCAGUUUCCACCAAGCUUGGUGAGUUCGCUGCAUAAGCAGCUAGAAAAAGCAGGUUUUGGUGCCUCUAUUGGAGAAUCGACAACAUCAACUCUGGCAUCCAAGACCCAAAAAGACCUAGAGCGCACACAGUUCCUUUUCUACGCUUUGUUCCGGAAGAACGUGUUGGAACUGUUUGGAGAUCACAAGAUCUUCGAAGGUGAACCUGAUGCUGGAGAAGAAGCUGAGGCAAGUAUCGGAGCCCUACUAGAUACAGAAGUAAGUCAGCCAGCGUUCGUCGAGAGUUACUACGCAACGCGGGAUUUCUUCAAUCCGAGCUUGGCGGCGAGGGCGGAGGUAAUAUCAAUUUUGAGUUUCUUGGAAUAUGCAGCAACUCUCUCGGGCGACCACGCAAUAAUCUGAAACUAUGAUUAAUAUGCUUUCUUAAUUCCACCUCAAUGACCAACAUCUCUCCCAACUUCCAGGCCGGUGUCGUCGCUUCCCCCAGCGCCGGUGCUGACGAAGCCACUGGCACUAUCCAGCGACCCGGCUUCCGAUGGGUCGAUUGUUUAGGUAUCUGGGAGAAAUCAGAUGCGAUUAUGGGCACCAGCAUUCGCAAGCCGCUAUCCUACGAUGAAAAAGCACUUCCAGAGCGCGGGAGUCUAGAGACCGCAUUGCCCAAGGACUUCGAUGCCAGGUGGAAAUAUUGGAAAACGAUGACGCCAAAAAAUUGGGUUCGGGAAGACAGGAAAAUCUACGGCACACCUGCUUUGAAGAAGUUCUCUUUGUCACAGGGAGCGAAGCUGUUGCCGCGAAGAGGGAUGAACGCGUGGUCAUACAACACUACUUCUAGUGCUCUUCUUGUCGGGACUGCCGCAUCUGAUGGCGCAAAUGGCGCUGUAGCAAUGAAGAAGCAGAAAACCUCUAGUAUUUCUGCUGGUAAGAAGUCUUCCUUUCCUCAGUCUGGUCCAGAGCAAGAGGAACUCGAAGCAGCCAAUGCACCAGAAGUCGCGAAAGAUCUAGCAUCGAAUCCGAAAAUCGAUUUUCUCAAGCUGCGCAUCUACGACCUCCUGAUGCUAAAGGCCUGGCACGACGCAGCAGUAGUUCUAGAUCAGUUACGACUUGAAAUUUACAAGCGCGAACAAGAGUUGGAG